GCUCUACUUGUUCACAGGAGCCGGCUAACCUCCAGCAGCACGGAAUGCGAAGUGUUCAAUAGGUUAGCGUUUUCAAUUGCUUUUCAGCAAACCCUCUUUCCGAACCGGCUAGUCUCUUUACAUUUACCAGACGAGACUCGCAUAUACUACGUAGUAUAUCUUGAAACGAAGUCCUAUCACCUCCGCCUACACGGAUGAGCAGGGAUUGGUAAGCUCUUCGCUCAGAUAUAAGGCGAACAACUGUAGACAUCGUCGCUCUUGGCCCCAGCUUUGAACCACUCUCUUCUCCCUGAUAGACUCUGAGGCUUCAACAAUCCAUGUACACACUCGCCCUGGCCUGUGACUCUUGACCAUCUUGCAACUUCGUCAACAUGAGCACCCAAACACCUCCCGUCAAACAACAACCCGCAAUCAUCCUUGGCUGCGCGAACUUCGGCUCCCCCGACGAUCCAACGACCAGACACCACACACCUGCCGCAGCAUCCGCCCUCUUCACAACAUUCAGCUCCUAUGGGUACCAUACCAUCGACACCUCAAGACGCUACCCACCCCUCGCCGGCGGCACAAGCGAAGCCGUAAUCGGCUCUGCACUCUCGUCCCUGCCUCCAUCCAUCAACCUCGAUAUCGACACAAAAGUCCUCUCCGCCCCAGGCUGCCACACACCAGAGAACAUCGCCGCGUCCAUCUCCGCGUCUUUGGCAGCUCUAGGCGUUCCCUCAGUACACAGAAUCUACCUCCAUUUCCCCGACCGGACCCAACCACUAUCAAACCCGGUCUCUGCGCUCUCCCAAGCCGUAUCCACAGGCCAAGCCGCGCAAUGGGGUCUAUCAAACUAUACGCUCGAUGACGUCCGGGAGAUGCUCUCCCUGUGCGAAGAGCACGGCUGGACCAAACCCGCGGUAUUCCAGGGCGAGUAUAACGCCGUGAACCGCGAGACCGAAGAACUCAUUCCGUACCUACACGAGAACGGUAUCGCAUUUUACGCGUACAGUCCCGGUGCUGGGGGCGCACUGGCGCCGACAGGCACUCGACUGGCCGCGCCAGGGCCGGCUGGAGAUCGCGUGCGGCGGCUUUACGGAGGCGAAGAGGUGCAGCACGCGAUUCAGCGGGUGCGAGAUGUCGCUAGCAAGGCCGGGCUGAAGGGCCACGAGGCCGCGAUAAGGUGGGUUGUUUGGGAUAGUUUGUUGGAUGGGAAUUUCGGCGACGGCGUGAUUAUUGGAGCGGGCAGUGUGGAGCAGUUGAAGGAGACGCUGGAUGUGAUCAAGAAAGGUGGCUUAAGUGAAAAUGUCAAGCAGGUGGAGGGUGUGUGGGAGACCAUCGUGAAGGACAAGGCUGAGAAUGGAGUCGCUGGUUGAUAAAUUGGUGCCAGCGAGCGCUGGGAACCCGAGACCCAGUUCAACAGCAAUGACACGACUUAAUCUGGAGCACGCAUACUCACAUGUUCAGUAGAUUUAGCAGCUGGACUGGCGCUCGCGUUGAACGCAGAAUGGACUGAUUUUCGUCGUAGAGCUACGGCCUUAGGCUCGUUAUACCAUAUUUGCAGAGACCGCAAUCUGAUUAAUCG